AUGGGACAAACGCUUCUGGUCCCUUCCAUUGUGAGGAACGAAUUUGUUGUUAUUUGCCUUGAUGCGGAACGCGAGAAACGAGCUCGACUGCAUCAGCAACGACGUUUGGCCGAAGCGGAGGGUGGCGGUGAUGAAAAUGCAGCAGCAGGUAACUGGUUACAGAUGCGCAAAGUGCUCGAUUUGGAAGAUAUUGCAUUUGCGCAAGGAUCACAUUUAAUGAGCAACAAGAAUGGUACUAGUUUGAGUAAUUUUGGAAAAUCAGGUUGCCCUCUUUGGUCAUUUGGGGCUAUAGAGACAAUCGAAGAAUUCUAUCGAACGGAUUUUGUUCAUGGCAUCGACGAAUUCUUGGGAAGAAUCGAAGUUAGAAACUUAUGA